UUUGAAGUUUGAGCCUCCUGUAAACCCUACGAGCAAUUCCGCUUUCCUCAAGUUGAUGACACUCGGAGCUCCGACGUUGGCGAUUUGUGCGGUUUGAGACCAGUCAGCACCGGACACAGUACGGACCGCUAGAAGCCUGUGAUUAAAAUGGCUUCCAGAGGAAAGACGGAGACAAGCAAAUUAAAGCAGAAUUUAGAAGAACAAUUGGAUAGAUUGAUGCAGCAAUUACAGGAUCUGGAGGAAUGCAGGGAGGAGCUCGAUGCAGACGAAUAUGAGGAAACUAAAAAAGAAACCUUGGAGCAGCUGAGUGAGUUCAACGAUUCCCUGAAGAAAAUUAUGUCAGGAAAUAUGACUUUGGUAGAUGAACUCAGUGGGAUGCAGCUGGCUCUUCAGGCAGCUAUCAGCCAGGCCUUUAAAACACCUGAAGUCAUCAGAUUGUUUGCAAAGAAACAGCCAGGCCAACUGCGGACAAGGUUAGCCGAGAUGGAUAGAGAUCUGAUGGUGGGGAAGCUGGAAAGAGCCCCGUACACCCAGCAGAAGGUGGAGAUACUAACCGCUCUCAGAAAGCUUGGAGAGAAGCUGACAGAGGAUGAUGAGGCCUUCCUGUCCGCCAAUGCAGGUGCUGUACUCAGCCAGUUUGAAAAAGUCUCCACAGACCUCGGCUCUGGGGACAAGGUCCUUGCUCUGGCAGGGUUUGAGGUGGAAAAAGCCAAGAAAUGAUGCUGUGGCAGCUUUGGUGCUGCCAUCCCCGUCCUUACUGCGCACGGUGCUUUCAUCCUGAGGACUCAGCCGCACUGCAAAGCAAUAGAGACUGUCAAAACGCAGCGACAGCCCGAGAACAGGUGACAUGGAAACACAGUGUGGCUUCUGCUUGGGGUCCUCAUCCUACUUUAUGUGGGACUCCCAUCCUCAGUGACCCUGGGCUUGUUGGGACACAGGGACUUCAUUCACUGUGGUUUGUUUUGUUAAGAUGUCUUGUUUUUAGUGCUGAUAGGAAUGAAAGCUGUGAGCUAGUGAUCCUGCCCCGAUUCUCGUUUGCACGUCUUGGGGUGAGCAGCACAGUGAAGUCCUAGCCCUUCUGUAUCUGUAGACUCUUAGAAAGUUUUCAUUUUUACCCAGAAAGAGCAUGUGAUCUGUCUAAAGUCACACUAGAGGCAGAGCUGGGGCUAUGGCUCAGGUGUCCUGACUCCUAGUUUUGUUUCUUUAUUCUGUACUGUUUUUUUUUGUUUGUUUGUUUGUUUUUUAAUAAUUAACUUGUAUUUGUGCAAGUUUGAAAAUGCAGUGUCCUAACCUAGAGUUGAAUGGGCACUGAGGACUGUUCCCAGCCUGUGAGUGGGCGGCAUGAAUGGGGCCCAUUGUGUCUCUGGAUUCCUAACAAGCAACAAUGCAGCCCUUUUGAGAGCCUUCUGCAGUAACUUAACCUCCUGCCUUCUCUCGGUGGGGAGGCAAUAGGAAGUGGCAGCCCUGGCCCUCUCUAGACCUCCCGUCAACUCCGAGGGUGGUAACAGUAAGUUAGUAUCAACUGUGCAGUUGGGGAGACACACAAAAUAAGCUGUGAGGAAAGCACGUUUCUCCCACGUUUCUCCCUGAUGGCCACGUCCUUACACAUGGACCUUGCCCGCGCUUGUCUGGAUUGUGAGCCUUUCUGUGUUUCUCAGUGUUUUGUUUAUUUUUUCUCUUUAUACAAGGUAAAACAUUUUAACUGCUUUUUAUAAACUUAAAUUCUACUAGGUGCUCUGCCAACUGGACAGAUCAGGGGACCUCAGCUAUGUAAAUGCCUUAUUUGGAACUUUUAAUGUUGUAUUUUGGAUUUUUUGAGAGAGGUGGGUCUCUGGGUCAGCAAGAUGGCCCAGUGGGUAAAGGUGCUUGCUGCCAAGCCUGAUGACCAAAGUUCAGUCCCCCGAUCCACCUGGUGAAGGACGAGAACUGACAGGUUGUCUUCUGACUUCCACAUAUGUGCCAUGGCCCAUGUGUGUACACACGUACACAUGCACACACACACACACACACACACACAAUAAAUAAAUAAAAUUUGGAAGGGUCUUCCCAUGUUGGAGUCUAAGGCUCAAACUCUUCUCUGCGCGGCCACUUCCUCCUCUGCUUCCUCCUCCUCUUCCUCCCCUCCCUCUCCCCCUCCCCGGAAGUUGGUACUGCAGAUGAAUGCUGCUAUGGCUUCCCAUUGGGCUGCUUCAUUCACUGUCUCCUGACUGUCACUCACUGAAGUGUAGCACACCAAGAAAGGCUGAUAACCAAAGGUGCUGUGUAUAUGCCACCACCGUUUCCUAGAGAGGACAUUCACCUUAACACAGAAGUCACAUUUCACAGUGCAGAUUCAGCAACGCUGUGCAGCUGGCGACCCGGGGCCACGUCACUCCUGUCACCAUGCGGGGAGCCUGGAUCUGGGAAGCUCCACAAUGUCUUCCUCUAGCCCCUCCAGCAUCCACCGGUGCACUCUGUAUUCUCUGCGGACUCACCUCUCUGGUACAUAAUAGGAACACACGUGAUUGUGCUCUGGGUGGCCUCGUUACACAUCUCGCUUCUUCACGCCAGACAGUGUUUACAAGGGCAACCCACAUCGUAACACUUCAACACUUCACUCCUUUUUAUGGCCGAAUAAUGCUUCACUGUGUAAAUACUGCAUUUGUUUUGCCACAUGUUUGAUGAGCACAUGAGUGCAUUUCACUGUUGUGAACAGUUGCACUACAGACAUUUCUACACUGUGCUUGUUGGACUCCGAUUUUCAUUUUCUGUUGGGUCAGUACCUAGUGAUAGCAUUAUUAUGAUGGCAGUGGUGCAUGCCUUUAAUUCCAGCAUUUGGGAGGGAAAGGCAGGAGGAUCUCUCUAAGUUCAAGGCCAGCCUGAUCUACAGAGUGAGUUCCAGGACAGCCAGGGCUACACAUGGAAACUCUGUGUUGAAAAACAAAAACAAAACAAGACAAAAUUAUGUUGAGUUUUAAGCUGUAGCAAGAUUAUCCUUUACCUUAUGAUCCCCCAGUAAACCAGGAAGGAAUCUAGGGCUGUUUUGAAAGAGACUCAUGUCAGUCUGGAAUCCUUAAUGUUGGUUUUCCUUAAACAUUCUUAAAGAACAGCACUGAGAGAUUAGGUAUUGUGGCAUCCACCAGAACCCCAGCUUGGGGAGGUAGAGACCUGGGGAUGAAGAGAUUGAGGCCAGCCAGGGCUUCUUAGUGAAACCUCUUCUCAAGCAAGGAGCAAACAAACAAGCAGGUCAGUGUAGUGAGGUACUUACUGCGGAUCACAUCUGUCUAGUCUACUUAAAGUCAUCUUCCGCUAACAGGCACUGACACUCAAGGCUGCAGUCACUUCAUCUUAUGGACCUUCACUUUGUAGGUCUUCACUAAGAAGACCUGCCUCAUACAAUUACUUUGCAUUUUUCUCCCUUAAUACAUACACACUAGCCUUGGCUCUAAUCCACCAUUCAGCUGCCCACCUUAGCACUGUUUAACAUCUGCUUCCCCCAUGUCAUGUUCACCAGUAAGUUCUGUGCAAGUGCAGUUACUAAAUGCUUGCCAGCCAUGUCUCCUGUUCACAUUUGCACACUUUCUUCAGUCUGUGGAACUUGGACGGUCCUGUCACGUGCAGCAGAUAGCCCAUCAACAUUCAGAUACCAGGAUGUUCUGCUGAAAAUUCCUGCGUUUCAAGCCAGGUGUGGUGCCACACACCUUUGAUCCUAGCACAGGGGAGAAGCAGAGGCAGUAUGUCUCUGAGUUCCAGGCCAGCCAAGGCUACAUACCAAAUCCAUGUCUAUAUAAAUAAGUAAAUAAAUUUCUUCAUUUCUCAGAGAAUUUGGGCUGAAGCAAAAAAAGAAAAAAAAAAGUGUUCCAAUGAAAGAGUGUCUAAGUGGGUUCUUAGUGAGAUCUAGUAAGGGAAAACAUUCUCUGUGUCAGCCUUGUGUUUGAUCUUGUGAAUGGUAAAUCAGGUUAUUCUAGGCAGAUAGGUUCCCCAUGAGAAACCAAGGCUGCAGGGCGGCUUGUUAACUUUGAUUGUUAGGCCUUUUACUAAAGGCAGACGCAAGGAAGGGCAUCUUUAGUGAAUAAAAGACUGUGAAAGUCCUCCAUUGACUUGUGUCUUAUUGCAGUAAGUGAAUAGACAGUUGUAGUUAUUACAGUGUAGGUGAACCCGGCUGUCACUCGCAGCUGUCAGUCACCUUCCUGCCUGCUGUUCAUUGUUUUUUUCUCUGUAUUCUUUCUGUCACAGAGACUUUUCUAUUACUUUGCCUCUCAAAAUGCAUGUAUUAAUUAGUAUUAAUAUGUAAAUUAAAACUGUCAGCAUUUCCACGGACACCCAGAAACAAAUUGCACCCUUUAAUUGCUUCCAUUCUUUCUGGCCCUGCAGGUCAAAAGAGUUACUAGAAACGAGAAAUGUGUUCAAUAUUUCAUCAAGUUUCCAAAAGCCAACUAAAAGCAUGGCCCUGGUAGAUAAUCCCUGCAUGUCUCUUUGACACCCUAACUCAAACUCCAUUUUGAAGUUUUUCUCAAAGUAUAGAUACCAUGCUGCUGACAGGACCCUGAUCACAAGGGUCAUACUGUCCAGAGAAAUCAUGCUGUCCACAUAAAUAGCAGUUAGAGGUCUGAGGCUGUCAGUUGGAAGCAUCUUAAUGUUUUGUCAUUUGUGUGUAAGAAAUUCUUUGCUUACAUCCUCUGACUGGCUAAAAUAACUGGGACUGGGGGGUAUCUUAGUGGUAGAACAUUUGCCAAAACCAUAGUGGACAAGGAGAGAGGGAGAGGGAGGGGAACUGUAAAAUUACAUCAGAAGAGCACAUCCAACAUGUAGUGGCAUCCUCAGGAAGGCUGUCCAUCUCUCGUUGGCCUCAGGCUUGAGGUUUAGGCUAGACUGUCUAGCCCGGGAGUCCCAGGCAUUCACCUAUAAAACUGUGUGGUGUUCCUCCCAUACCCCAGUUCCCAAAAUAAUGACUUUGAGACCUUAUUAUUCAUGAAUAAAUGUGUAGGACAUAAGUUCUUGACUAACUUUUAACUUAAAUUACCCAAAUGUUCCUAUACUAUGUGUAUGUGUGCCACGUGGCUGGUUUCCUUCUUCGGUUUCAUGUAUCCUCCUCAGAGUCUUUGGGCAAAACUCUCCCACCUCUGACUCUAUCCUAGAUUUCCUCUCUUCUGCCAGACUCUCACCUUUUCCUGCCUUAGCUAGCAGGCCAUCAGCUUUUAUUGACAGGUGAUGCUUCCAUACAGUACAUAAGAGAGUCUUUCUACAUUUCCUCUUUUACUCUAAUAAAAGGAGCUUUCUCUUAUAUAAUAAACUAUGAACAGUAAAAACAAUUAUGAAAACUAUCAUGUAAGAGUGUCUAGUCCAUUUGUACUUGGCACCUUUGGAGAAAGUGCUCUACCUAUCUUGGUGACUUUAGAGUUCCUUACCAAAUCACUUUCUUUCACAGCUUGGAUUUGUCAAACUGAAAACAACUUCUUUUUUUUUAAUAAUUUAUUUAAUUUUAUUUUAUGUGCAUUAGUGUGGAGGUGUAGAUCCCUUGGAAUUGGCAUUACAGACAGCUGUGAGCUGCCAUGUGGGGGCUAAGAAUUGAACCCGGGUCCUUUGGAAGAGCAGACAGUGCUCUCAACCACUGAGCCAUCUCUCCAGCCCUCCUGAAAACAACUUCUUAGACCUAAAAACAUCUUAAAUCCUAAAUAACUUAAGCUUAAUUGUGGGACUAUCUAUCUAGUUUUCAACCCGGUCAGAAACUUGAGAAGGAAUAAAUUCCUGAGUAUCCAGGAAGUGCAGAACAAGCAGCUUCCAAAAUAAUAGAAAUGACAGAGGCAGCUGGCUACCUGGACAGUCACCCAAGUUUCUCAGCAACUGUUGGAACAUCAUCUUCAGCCUUCUGGCCCAACAUAUCUGAUACACUUUUGUGAAGCAGGAAUUAUGAAGGAUUGCUUACCUUCUUGGCAAAGCUUGGUAGUGGACUUCUCUGCAUCCAGUUUUUCUGUUUUGGACAGUGUAAUGUUGGCAGUUUCUCACCCAGUGGCAAGUUUACCACCCCUGAAACAAACUCCAUAGGAGAUUCUUCAAUGUCCGUCAUUGUCUUUGAAGUAGAAGGGGUGCUACCAGGAGCAGACCCAUCUCAUUGUCCCAAAAAAUAAACCCUUAAAUUAAUAAAAUAUCUUUAACCACCGUGUUCUGUAGGUCUCAGGUUUUUGAAGACUAUCUGUAGUAUAUCUGAAUAGGCAAACAUUUGUUUCUAGCUACUUAUUAUCUGUUCAACCUAGAAAGCAUAUUUCUGUAAUAAACUAUAAUAGUAUCUGACAUGACCAUGAGUUUGAUUGACUAACAUUACCUUGAAUUUUUUAAUUAUCCUAAACAGUUUGUAAUAGUAGGUUUUUCUUAAAGGGCUAGAACUUAGUAUUGCAUCCUUAAGAGCCAUCUGGGUACAAUGCCUCAGAAAGAGUUAAUACAUGUUGUAACCAAAAUAUAACCUUAAUUUUGUAUAGUAUACAAAAAAUCUAUACCAGUAUAAUCAAAUAUAAAUUCAAUUCUGUAUCAGUAUACAAAGAUCUAUACCAAUGUUGUCAAAUAAAACUUCAAUUUUGUAUAAGAUUUA